CUCUGCUAUUUGGAAUCGUGGCACUAUUAAAAUUAUCGACAGUAGCACCAGACAGCGCAGGGUUAGUGGAAAUGGUGAAUGGAUUGGCGUACGGUGGGAUUCCCUAUGGAAGCGUAAGCGGCAUGGUGGCCAAAUAUCCGAGAUACGGAUCCGGGAUUAAUGCUCAGCCUCAAGACAGACAAUUCAACAUUUUAAGCAACACUCAACGGCCAGUAAUAAUCACACCGAAUUUUCGAGCGACUCGGCUGAUGGGAAUUUCACCUCGACCCGUGCAAAUUUACAAUCUACCCGGUGUCAUCGCCCCCGGUAUCGUCGGCACGAUCAGUCAAAUCGGUUAUUAGUUUGCCGGAUUGUUAGAGCGACCGCGCUAUCAAUCAUCAGAUGCAUACAUCAGUCAGUCGAACUUCUCUCUCUUCUCACGAUGAAGCUCUUCAACGAGGAACGCAUGUCAAACCACCCGCAUCGCAAAGUUGUAUCUUGCAACAUACUAUUAUCUAUUAUCCAUUAUGAUAAAAAGUAGAAACGAUCGAAUGAAGUAUUAUUAGUUCGUGGUUUUCGCUCAGUUAAUUUAUGCCGAAAUUAAAGUUGCACGAUGGCUCUCGCGUAAUUUAUCCGUAAUUGUGUGUGGAUAUUCAUUAUUUAAGAAUAUAUUCUUGUAAGUUUUAGUUGAAACUAAAACUUUGCGGUACAAUAUUUUAAUACGUUAUUUUAUAUUUGUAUGCUACUACAUUUA